AUGGCAACAUCUAAUGGUGGAGCUAUGUUUAUAAAAGCUGUUAAUUGUAUGGGUGAGACCAAGGUCAAGUAUCAUAUUGCCAAAUUAAUUAGUAAAGUGAUUGAUGAAGUGGGCCCUAAUAAUGUAAUUCAAGUAAUUACUAACAAUGCUCCUGUUUGUAGUGUAGCUGGAUCAAUUAUUCAAGGUAAUUAUCCGAAGAUCUUUUGGACACCUUGUGUAGUGCACACUGUUAAUCUUGCUCUUAAGAACAUUUGUGUUGCGAAGGAAAUUGGAGUUGCUGCAUAUGCUUAUGAUGAAUGCCAUUGGAUCACUAUUGUGAUUGAUGAUAUACAUGCUUUAGAAUCAGCAAUUGUUAUGCUAAAAAGGUUUAAACUUAUAUAUCAUGGUCUCCAAACAAUGGUGAUAAGUGAGAAAUGGGCUUCUUACAAGGAAGAUGAUGUUGGGAAAGCAGCUGUUAUUUGUGACACUGAUAAGCCAUGUCUACAUUUGGUUUAUGAGAUGUGGGAUUCAAUGAUUGAACGGGUGAAGGCAUCUAUCUACAAGCGUGAAGGGAAGUCAGAAAAUGAAGAGUCGUCCUUUUACUUUGUAGUGCAUCAAAUAUUAGUGGAAAGGUGGACAAAAAGUAGCACACCUCUUCAUUGUCUUGCUCAUUCUUUGAAUCCAAGGUAUUAUAGUGGGAUGUGGCUUCAUGAAAAUCCCAUUCGUGUUCCUCCUCACAAAGAUGUUGAAAUUUCUGGGAUGAGAAUCAAGUGUUUUAAGAGAUACUUUCCUGAUUCAGAUGAGAGAAGGGUUGCUAAUACAGAGAAUAAAAUGACACCACAACGGUGCGAGGAUUUGGUUUUUGAGCACUCCAAUAUUCGACUAUUAUCAAGAAGGAGUCAACCAUACACAGAAGGAGAGACCAAGUUAUGGGACAUUGGGGGAGAUGCAUUUGAUUCAUUGGAGGGUUCUGGUUUCCUUGAAAUUACAAGUCUUUCACUUGAUGAGCCAGAGAUGGAAGCUAUUUUAUUCAAUGAUGAAGUUGAUGGAAGUGAACUUUGA